AUGGCGUAUUCAAAAGACCUUCGUUGGCGUGCUAUCGUACUUUUCUUUGUCUACAACAUUGACAUGACUCAGAUCGCCCACGUCCUGGGAGCGUCCAUACGGUCCAUCAAGCGCUGGAAACUUCUUUUUCGGAAAUAUGGUCUGGCCACUCGCUCAAAACGGGAGAAACGAGCGUCACGCUGGCCUGUGGCGGUUUGCGACUUUGUACUAAAAAAAAAGUACCUGGAGGACCACCCGUGUUUUUAUCUCGAAGAACUCCAAGACACGCUACAGUAUAAGUUCGGGAAUAUCAAGUUGUCAACAGCUACAAUUUGUAUGGCGCUUCGCUUCGAUCUGGGGCUGUGCACGCGAGGCUAA